CAGAACAAAGAGGCCCCCUCCCCUUCGCCUUGUCUGCAGCCCCCGGGAGCAGGGGCUGGCUGCAUGGGGGGCCUCUGCCUGGCCCAGGACCCCCUCCUCCCUUUUGCAUCCGUCCUCCCCUCCCGGAGGCAGCCCGGGUGAGAAUCGCCCAGCCCUCCCCCCCCGCCCCCCCGCUCGCCAAUCUCCCAUUCUCCUCUUCCUCCUCCUCCUCCUCCUCCUCUCUCUCUCUCUCUCUCGCUCUCCUUCCUUCCUUCCUUCUCGUCUUUACAGAUUAAUUCUUCAACCCUGCAAUCCGGGCGGGAGGAGCCGGGGAGAGGCUGAUCCCUUGCGGCAAUCAUGGCACUGCUGGGGAAGUUUUCCGAUGGGCUUCUUAACAACUGCAGACCGGACCAAUGGCACUUGGUGUUCUCUCAAAAAGAUGAAGUUAUCACCAGCUUAGUAUCAGCCUUAGACUCUAUGUGCUCAGCCCUUUCUAAACUCAACACGGAAGUUGCCUGUGUUGCUGUCCACGAUGAAAAUACUUUUGUAGUUGGGACAGAAAAGGGGAGGCUGUUCAUGAACACGAGGAAGGAGGUCCAGGCAGAUUUCAAAAAGUUCUGCAGAGUCCAGCAGAGCAAAGAACAUGACCUGGACGGCCAGAAGAAGGCAAAAGAUUUUGGUCGGACAAUUCCUCGGAUCUCCCCAGAUCAGGGAUCAGAUGUUUAUCUCCUCAGGAAGAUGGUAGAAGAAGUCUUUGAUGUGCUUUAUAGUGAGGCCUUGGGGAAGAGCAGUGUGGUUCCACUGCCAUAUGAGAAGUUCUUGAAAGAGCCUGGCUGGUUAACGGUGGUUGGGUUACCCGAUGGACUCACAUUCAGGAAACCCAUUGAAUAUGAUGCAAAGUCCCUGAUGGCCAUAUUAGAGCACAGCCACAACAUGCGCUUCAGGAUAAAAAGGCCCCCCGAGGACUCUAUCAGGGAACCCAACUCUUCUGUUGAGAUGAACUCUGCUGCUCUCAUCUCCAAGGGGAGCCGACAACCGGGCCUUAAUAAUGUGCGCAUUAAGCAGGCCAAUCAAGACCCUCUUCCUGGGAUCACCACCAGCGGUUUCCUAUAUGGCGUGUCGCUGCCCACGCAGGUUGCCAUGGAGAUAAAGCAGGAAGGUUCAGCCAGUCGGCACGGGAUGAAUGCAGUCGGCGACAUGCUGAGGCCCCGUCCAUCAGGAGAAGCGAAGGUGCCUUCGCCACAGGAGUUCGGUGACUGCUGUGGACAGAAAUCUAUCCUCCCCGGUGGUCCACUCAUCCAAAAUGUCCAUUCCUCCAAACGCAUCCUUUUCUCCAUAGUCCAUGACAAAUCAGAUAAAUGGGACAAUUUUAUAAAAGAAACCGAAGAUAUCAACACCCUGAGGGAAUGUGUGCAAAUUCUGUUUAACAGUCGAUAUGCUGAAGCCUUGGGGCUGGAUCACAUGGUCCCUGUCCCGUACCGGAAAAUUGCCUGUGAUCCAGAAGCAGUAGAAAUCAUUGGAAUUCCGGACAAAAUCCCCUUCAAGAGGCCCUGUACCUAUGGGGUCCCCAAACUCAAGCGGAUCUUGGAAGAAAGGCAUAAUAUCCACUUUGUGAUCAAAAGGAUGUUUGAUGAAAGAAUAUUUACAGGAAAUAAAUUUACCAAAGAUGCAACCAAGAUUGAGCCAUCAAGCCCCUCUGGGGAAGUCUCCCCUGAACCACACAGAAUGGCAUUUCUUGAUUUAGCAGGGACUUCUCAAGCUAAUCACAGGUCUGAGAAAUGCCUCAUCUCUGGAGACUGUGAACCAGGUACCUCAGGGGAACUGGGAGGAAUUAAACGCAUCAAAAUAGAACCAGACGAGGUGGACAUAAUUCAGAUCACUGUUCCAGAUAAAGGGCCCAGCAUUGAUUUGCAGCAGGACGAGAAGCAAAUGGAAGGAAAAGAUGGUGUCAGUGACGUUUUAAGUCACUUGAGGAAACAAGUAGAAAUUUUAUUUAACGCAAGAUAUGCGAAAGCCAUAGGAAUUUCUGAGCCUGUCAAAGUCCCGUAUUCCAAAUUCUUGAUGUACCCAGAGGACCUUUUUGUGGUGGGCUUGCCCGAUGGCAUCCUACUCAGGCGGCCCAACUGUUUUGGGAUUGCAAAGCUAAAGAAGAUUCUUCAGGCAAGCAGCAGAAUUCGGUUUGUUAUCAAGAGGCCAGAACUUCUUACAGAAGGAAUGAAAGAAAUGACCUCAGAUAGCUCAGGAGCAAUAGCCAAUGAUAGAGUCUCCAUUGAGCCUAUUGAGGAACCUAUAAAAAGACCAGGAUUUCAAGAAAAUUAUGAUACUCGGCUGUCAAGGAUAGACAUUGCAAAUACACUCAGGGAACAGGUUCAAGAUCUGUUCAACAAGAAGUAUGGUGAGGCUUUGGGUAUCAAAUACCCAGUCCAAGUGCCAUACAAGCGUAUCAAAAGCAAUCCAGGUUCAGUGAUCAUAGAAGGGUUGCCACCAGGAAUCCCAUUCCGGAAACCUUGCACAUUCGGCUCUCAGAAUCUGGAGAGGAUAUUAGCCGUGGCAGACAAGAUCAAAUUCACAGUUACAAGGCCUUUCCAAGGACUCAUCCCUAAACCUGGUAAGUGCUUUAAUGUCCUAACAAUGAAAUGCUAGGUGUGUUUUGCCAUCCUUUGGUAAUUUAACAGGGCACGAUGUAUGGAGGAAAUGUGGUUUUACUGCAAGAGGUGUCUUUGUAUCCUAGGCUACUUAUCACUAUAUUGCAUAUCAUUAGUCCCUCAUGAUAAAAGAGUUACCAGAAGUUA